AGGGCGAAAUCCAACAGACCUGAAGUGUGGUAACGAGGAAAGGGCUGAGCCACGGGUUCUGGCACCAAGAUCGAUUUCUCAAAGCUCUGGCUUCGGCGAGGGCCGAGCAGGCAGAACGGUGGGUCCCAAGCCUUCCCUCUCAGUCGCACCUUCCGCUCUUGGCUCACCCCUGCUCCCUGCCCCGCCUCGCCCCCGGCUCCGCCCCCGCCUUCCUCACUGGUCUAUCGGGACUCGUUUCUUUCUUGAGUUUCCCGCGGGAACUAUCUCUCAAAGACGACCAACCGCAGCCGAGAGUUUGCCGUCCCGGUCAAUAAGAGGCUAGGGUGGAAGAGGCGGAGGUGGAAGCCACCUCAGGCUGCGAGGAGAGAGUACAUUUCUCUCAGCAGUGGCAGGUCGCCCGGCUUGGAGCCCGAGGGUUGCAAAGGAGACGCGGCGGGGUGCGGAAGUCCACAGACCCCUCUGCGCGCCGGUGCGGGCUUCGGCGGCGCCAGGCUUGCCUUUUAGCAGCCCUCUCCAGGUGUCCAGGACCAGCUUUGGCCACUAUGUCCCACCAGAUCCCUCUGGACUCCUUGGUGCCACAAGCCAACUGCCUGGACCUGUGGAGGGACAAGAAUGAUCAACUAGUUCGGCAGGCCAAGGUGGCUCAAGACUUGGGUCUGCCUCUGAGGCGACAGCAGUUGGCUCAAGAUGCACUGGAAGGGCUCAGGGGACUCCUCGAUAGUCUGCAGGGGCUCCCUGCAGCUGUUCCAGUUCUCCCCUUGGAAUUGACUGUCAUCUGCAACUUCAUUACCCUGAGGGCGAGCCUGGCCCAGAGUUUCACUGAGGACCAGGCACAGGAUAUCCAACGGGGCCUAGAGAGAGUGCUGGAGACCCAGGAACAGCUGGGGCCCAGGCUGGAAUGUGGGCUCAGGGGGCUGUGGAGCUCCGUUCUCUGUGCUUCCUCCCUUCUACCGGAGCUGCUGCCUGCCCUUCACCACCUGGCUGGCUUGCAGAUUGCCCUCUGGCUGAGCACUGACUGUCUUGGGGACCUGACCUUGCUGUUGCAGACCCUGAACGACAGCCAGAGCAAGGCCUCUGAGGAUCUGCUGAUGCUUCUAAAAACUUGGAGCCCACCAGCAAAGGAGUCAAAUGCCCCAUUGACCCUGCAGGAUGCUUGGGGCUUGAGAGAUGUCCUUCUGACAGCAUCUGCCUAUCGCCAAGGCCUCCAGGAGCUGAUAACAGGGAGUCUGCCCAGGGCACUGAGCAGCCUGCAUGAAGCGGCCUCAGGUCUGUGCUCACGGCCUGUGUUGGUCCAGGUGUACACAGCCCUAGGGACUUGUCUCCGUAAGAUGGGCAGUCCACAGAGAGCUCUGUUAUACUUGGUUGCAGCCCUGAAAGGGGGAUCAACCUGGGGACCUCCACUUAUGGAGGCCUCCAGGUUAUAUCGGCAACUGGAGAACACAGCAGCGGAGCUAGAGAGUCUGGAGCUUCUGGUGGAGGCCUUGAGUAUCACUCAUAGCUCAGAAGUAUCCCAUCUUCUUAUUGGGGUAGAGUUGUUACUCCCACAACCUGACCCAGCCUCACCACUUCACUGCGGCACACAGAGCCAGGUCAAGCACCUGCUAGCAAGCCGAUGCCUACAGACAGGAAGGGCAGAGGAUGCUGCAGAGCAUUACUUGGACCUGCUGGCUUUAUUGCUAGAUGACUCGGAGCCAAAGUUCUUCCCACCCCCCUGCCCCCCAGGGCCUUGUAUGCCUGAGGUGUUCUUGGAGGCAGCAGCAGCGCUUAUCCAGGCAGGCCGAGCCCAGGAUGCUUUGACCAUAUGUGAAGAACUGUUCAGCCGCACGUCAUUUCUGCUUCCCAAGAUGCCUUGGCUGUGGGAAGAUGCCAGAAAAGGAACCAAGGAGUCAUCACACUGCCCACCCUGGGUCUCUGCCAUGCACCUGCUUCAGGGCCAAGCCUGGGUGCGACUGGGGGCCCAAAAAGAGGCAAUUAGUGAAUUUAGCCGGUGCCUUGAGCUACUCUUCCAGGACACACCCAAGGACAAAGAACAAGGGCCUGCUUCCAACUGUGAACAGGGGUGUACGUCAGAUAUGGCAUUACAACAGCUUCGGGCAGCUGCCCUGAUUAGUCGUGGACUGGAAUGGGUAGCCAGUGAUCAGGAUACCAAAGCUCUACAGGACUUCCUCCUUAGUAUACAGGUGUGCCCAGGUAAUCAAGAUGCUUCCUUUCACCUGCUUCAGACUCUGAGGAAGCUGGAUCGGAGGCAUGAGGCCACCGCUCUCUGGAGGAGGCUGGAGGCCCAAACUAAGUUGCCACAGGAGAAUGCUACUUGGUGUGUCCCCCUGUACCUUGAAACAUGUUUGAGCUGGAUUCAUCCUCCUGACCGUGAAACCCUUCUUGAAGAGUUUCGGACAUCUGUGCUGGAGACUUGUGACCUGUAGCUGCCAUGUUUUGAAGACUCUGAGCUGGGGCCCCGGUGGACUAUCUUUCUGUGGGGAGGGCUUUCUUCUUUACCAUCCUUGGAGAAUAUGGCUGGAGCUGACCAUUCCUAUAUAAGUCUGGCUUUGGAAAUAGACUUGAAAAUUUUUUGGCCCAGUUACUGCUAUCUGGUUCCAGAGGACCCCCUACCCCCACCCCCAUGCCCUCAUCUGCCACCAACAAGGCAUUGACUUUGCUUGUGGCACCUUUUUUCCUGUUUCUCCUUGUGUUGAGUAAAAUCUUUUAUCUAUC